AUUGGGCCAUCCAUACUAUGAUUGAUUUUGCCUCGAAUGUUCUGACUGGAUCGAGUUCAACGAAAAAGGCAAGAUGCCCUAAACCAAAGCCUCCGGAAAGUUCUUAUGAAUUUGUAUUACCUUCAUCUUUAAAUGCGGGAGCCGGUAAUGUUGACUAUAUGCUUAUCGCAGAAAUAUCUCGAAAAAGAAACAUUUUGAAAUUCCAAAAGUCAAAGAAAAGGGUUUCUUGCUAUUGUAAUAUCUUAAAAUAUUAUUUACUCCCACCACCAAUUCCUAUAUAUUGGGUAGAAUAUGAUACCAAGAAAGCCAUCGAAUUAAAUGGUCUAGGUUAUGACAUUCGCAUGGAUGGUGAAAAUUUUGGACCAAGUAACCCGAUAAUUGUUUAUGCAAAAUUGAAACUAUAUAAUCCUAAAUUAAAGAUUAAAGAAAUAUUCGUUGGAUUAAAAAAAUAUUGUAGUUUUAAAGCUGAAGGUAAUACAAAUUCUGUAAAGGGAUAUGUAUUAAACGAACGAGUUGUUGGUGAUACAAUCACAUGGGAUAAUUAUAAUGAAUACUAUUGUGUUUUUACUUUAAACGUUCCUGAAGAUUUAACAAGAAUUGGACAGAAAUUCAAACAUAAGCUUGUUUUUGUUCGAUAUGUCGAGGUGGAGGUUAUCUUUGUUACGCUUCUGGCCAUCCAUGUUCACCCUAUACCAGGUAACGACGCACUUUGUAUGGGGAUUAUUAAUCCUAUGCCAAUUGCUAACGUGGUGAUAUCAUUUGAAACAGGUCCAUCCAUCACUAACGAUUUCAAUUUCAGUGAUAAUUUGAAUGUUUCUGGUGGUGCACUCGCAGCUGAUGAUAAUGAGAUGGAUAACCUUUUUAGAACGUCUAAAUUAAGCAAAGGAUUCUACAGGGAUUAA